GUCGGGAGCGCGCAGGGACCUCCCCCUCCCCCCCCCCCGCCGGCUCCAGACAUGGCGGACGUCAAGUCCGAGUGGCUCCGGCUGCCCGGCUCCUGGGCGCACGGUGUUACCCUGGACGGACGCGUCUUCUUCAUCGAUGAGGAAGCAGAGCGGACAACAUGGCUACACCCAGCCACGGGAGAGGCCGUCAUCAGCGGGCACCGCAAGACGCCUGAUCUCCCCACCGGCUGGGAAGAAGGAUAUACCUUCGAAGGGGCGAGAUAUUACAUUAAUCACAAUGAGUGGAAGGUAACGUGCAAACAUCCGGUGACAGGACAUACAUCGCAAGAAAACUGUAUAUUUGUCAUGAACGACGAUUUCAGGACUGCUGUUACGAUGGCAUCACAAGAAAAGAAAGAUCGACCAGUGAGCAUGGUCAGUGAAAUUUCUAACUACACCUUGGCAUCUGAAAUGGCACUGCUCCCGAAUAGUCCUGUUUGCCGAUCUUCAAGAUCUUCGAAGAAAAUUCACAACUUUGGGAAAAGGUCGAAUUCUAUUAAGAGAAAUACAAAUGCUCCAGUCAUAAAGCGUGGCUGGCUUUACAAGCAGGACAGCACUGGUAUGAAGCUUUGGAAGAAACGUUGGUUUGUACUUGCCGAUCUCUGCCUGUUUUAUUAUAGAGAUGAAAAGGAAGAAGGCAUUCUAGGAAGCAUUCUUCUCCCUAGUUUUAAGAUCGCCCCAGUUAUGCCAGAAGAUCAUAUAAAUAGAAAAUAUGCAUUUAAGGCUGCUCAUCCAAAUAUGCGGACCUAUUAUUUCUACACGGAAACGGCCAAGGAGAUGGAAUCCUGGAUGAAGGCCAUGACUGAAGCUGCGCUUGUCCAGACUGAACCAGUGAAGAGGACAGAAAAAGUUGCAAUCGAAAUUGUACCACGACAGGAGACUAACCAUGUCGCAAACCACAAAAUAUUAGUGAAGCCUGAACUUCAGAACAACCAGCAAAAUGUAGACCCUCCCUUGGGACUCAAAUCAAUAGACAAUACAAACUUCACGUGCACGGACAAAUAUGGUUUUGAGACAGAAGGACAUGACCAGCACAAGCCCUUGACCAAGAUCAAUAGCAUCAAAUUGCAUCCUGCAAAAUCAGAAACCGAAACGGUUGUAUCAAAUACCAUCACUGUUCAAUCUCAGCAGUAUAAACCUUUGCAAGUUAAUAGUUCCAAUGAGCAGAGUCCGAUUGGGCUCAUCUGUGACCCUGAACAAAAUGUGACCAGUGGAAGAGAGAGACUGGUUAGCCAAAAUGACACUGGAAGGGGAAUCCAAAGGACUAAUUCAAUGCUGCAGUUGGAACAGUGGGUGAGAACGCAGAAAGGCAGGGACCAAGAAGAAGAAGUCAGAAGCAUCACCUGUUAUCAAACCCUUCCAAGAAACUUGCCAAGUUAUCGGUCUCAGCCUAUGCCAUGCUAUAGAACACUUCCCCGCCAUAGCACCACCAGAACUGACAGCGUCUGCACGGUGAUGCCUUCCGCGUACAACAGAGUAAUCCGACCGCCGUCGUCGCAAGAGAAACGGAAGUCGAUGCGGGAUGAUACCAUGUGGCAACUCUACGAGUGGCAACAGCGCCAGGUUUAUCAUAAGCACGGAACAUUAAGCAGGCAUAGUACUCCUCUCAACGUGGUGAAUCUAGUUGAACAAUCACGCUCCAUUCCUCCAUCGCCUUCUCACGGUUCACUGGCUCCCUAUCAAGUAUACUCGCCCCUGAGAUCCUACAACAUGGAUUCCAGAUUGGAACUAUCGCCACCUAUUUUAAGAGGGGACAUGACAAUUGAUUCCAUUAAGUCUCGGCGUCACAGGACACCUGUUAACAGGAUUGUAUGUCCACCUGAAAGAAUGUCAAUGCCGGCGGGUUUACCUGUACAGACCUUCACACCGGAAAACCUGCAGGGAAAAAAACGGUGAGUUCCAGAGGAGCUGACGUUACUGCUAAUCAAACUGCGGAGGCAGCAAGCGGAACUCACCAGCAUCCGGGAGCACACAGCAUCACAGCUCAUGCAACUGAACCUCAGUGAUGCAAACCCCAAGAAUGAUAUCCUCAUUCAUCACCUUCAGAGAAAUCUCGUGUAUUUGGACUAUCAGAUGAAAGAAAAUGAGCCCUUAAUCGCUACGAUUCACACUAUGAUUGAGAACUCAGCACCAAGGCCACAAGUAUACAAGCAACUGGCUCAGCACGAUGAAUACAGAGAAACUGUCUACAGCCACAGAAGCGAAGAUCCAGACAUAGAUGCACAACUGAGCCAGCUGUGUGAGCAGGACAAGGUUGUUCAUGAUCAGGAGGAGAAAUUGCGACAGCUGCAUAAGGAAAAGCAUACACUGGAACAAGCAUUGCUAGCAGCAAGUCAAGAGAUCGAAAUGAACGCAGAUAAUCCUAAUGUGGUGCAAAGUGUGGCCUUACAGAGGGAAGUCUUACAAAAUGGAUUGCUUAGCACUUGUCGGGAGGUAUCGAGAGCCACUACAGAAAUCGAAAAAAUGUGGAGAGAAUAUGACAAGUUAGAAUAUGAUGUAACUCUUGCAAGAGAUCACCUACAUGAACAACUGGACAGAUGUGAAGGAGUUCAGUUCGACAUCACUAGCUACCAGCGUUCUCAGAUCCAGAAGGAGCUCUGGAGAAUCGAGGAUGUCAUGGAGGGACUCAACAAGAACAAACUGCAAAGAAGUACCGCUGGAAACAUUUCUGUGUCACAAUCUGGAACUGCUUCCACUUUAAGGUACAAACAGGAGGAAGACGAAACGGCCCCUUCUCGUCCUCCUCUCCCCCAGUUAUAUGACUUGACAGAGAAGGGUCCCUCAAUUCCUCCUCUUCCCAGUGAGAGAACUAUUUACCCUUGUUCUACCAGAAACCUGGUGCAUCAACUAGACAAAACGAAGAUCCACCCUGAACUGGAAGAUUCACGGAAAGGAGCAGAUUCAGGUCCUGAUUAUCGACAAUACAAGAGUGAGCCAGAGCUGACAACUGUCACCGAAGUUGAUGAGUCAAAUGUGGAUGAGAAGUCGGAGGUGACGACUGACAAAGAAAGUAUCAUGUUGAAAGCCUUGGCUUUUCCAGUUGGAAUAGUUCCACCCAGAAGCAAGUCUCCGAUGCCUGAAUCUUCCACAAUUGCAUCGUAUGUCACAUUGAGAAAACAUAAAAGGGUGGAUGGAGCUGUACCUUCUGUGGAAAGGCCCAGGAGUGCGGUCGAGCAGCUGUUCCUGGCGGAGGGUCCACGGCCCAGGAUGAGUGUGGAAGAGCAGCUGGAGAGGAUAAAGCGCCAUCAACAGGCUUCCCUGAAAGAUAAAAGGAAAGGACUGAAUUUGAUAACUCAGCAAGAUCAAUCACCAGCAAAGAAUCUGUCGAGAGAAAACAGCCUGGCAAAGCCUGUUCAACCUGUGGACAAGUAUACACUUUCCAGAAGCAGAACAGCUGAAAGUAAUAUCAAGGAGCUGGAAGCUGCUGUUCGACAUGAUAAUUGUGAUCAACAUCGGGAAACUGCAGCAGAAGAAAUAGCUCGUUUAAAGGAAGGAAACAUUGAGUCAAAUCGGCAGCCGUCAGAAAGCAGGAAAGAUUUUCCAAGCCAAGUGCUCAAGACUGAAUCUGAAAUGCUGAGUCCCGACAAAAUCAUGAAUAAAUCAAAGAACAUUGAUGAAAUAGAAAUCAGAAGCAGUGUGCAAACUGUGGCCCCAGUUGUUAACUGCAAAACCAGUACUGAUGAGGAGAAUGCAGAGGAAGGAGUCAGGUUGAUUACUAUCCCUGAUGAAGUCACUGCAGAAGCGCCAAGAAGCAGCAGGCUUGUAAGAGAAAAUAAUCUGUCUUCUCCGCCCCAGUCCCCAAAGUCUCCAUCUCCAUCACACCCACAGCUCACUGAAGGAUCUCAUUUCAUGUGUGUAUGAGGUUUAGAAAAAACUCUGGCCAUCGACACAGGAAAAUUAUAACCUAAACAACGUUGAAUGGAAGAGCUUUGACUGCAUUGAGAAGUGCAAUGGGACUGUGGUCGAAGGUCAGCAGUUGGAUGUGGAUAUCAAGUGCACCAGAGCACAAGAAUGCAUCAAGUGCAGGCAGCGACACUUGACUCUCUAUUAAACACUCCUUAUAGGAAAUACCAUUUUGGAUAUAAUGCCGAUAUUUUGCUUACUUCAGGAGCAUGUAUUGGUUCACAACAGUUUUGUAUUUUACUCUUUUUAAAUUGUCCAUAUAUAGAAAUUACGGUACGUUAGCAGAAAUGGUGAUUAGGAUCUUAAUUUGGGUCAUAUGUUAGAAUUUUGUUUGCGUUUUAGAUAGUACAGUAUGUUUAAUUUAAUGCCUGACCUUGAGUUUACUUGUAACUGUUGCCAUAUCUUUUAUAACAUGACUAAGGUUUAAGGUAUACAAUAGGAAGCAGAUUCAUAUUUGUUUUGUUACAACUUCAAUGAUUUCAGUGCCACUGUACUGGUGCCGAUAAAUGCGGUUAUUUGAUAAUGCCAUCUGCUGUAACUAUUUAUACUUAAUGUUGUAAUGAAUGCAGUUACUGCCAAACUGUUUUUGGCAAAAAGGAAAACUGUUUCACUUUUAUUUUCCAGUUACCCUAUGUUCUCUCUUUAGUGAACCUUUCAUACAAGCUUUAUGGACGAUUUGCUCCAUCUCCAAUGCGCCGAUGUAGCUCAAAUGCAAAGCAAUAUGUAGAGGGCUUACCAUUCAGUACCCCAUUGUAUGUAAAAAUUGUAAUUAUGUUCAUUGUGUACAUAGCGUACAAUGAGCAGAGUCUAUAAUUAUAAAAUGCUAAUUACAAGUGUUAAUAUGCCUUGUCCAUAUCACAUCCUGUUUUAUAUCAUGUUAUAAUAAAUGGUAAUGCUAUUUU